AUGGAAAUGGAGGAAAAUAUAAAAAUUGAUUUAAAUCAACUUCCGGAACUUGAUGAUAGGUAUACGCUUAUAUUAAAAGUUGGCGGUUGCAAAGUCGCGAUUAAAAUAAUCGAUUUGAAUAAAAAUAACGAGGAUUGCAUUUAUCGCGAAUAUUACGUAUAUAAAAAUUUAUCCAAUCAUGAAAACUUUUUAAAUUUUCACGGCAUGUAUAUGAAAAGAGAAAAUGAAAAUGCGAAAAAAAUUUGGCUCGUCAUGGAGCUUUGCGAAGGCGAAACGGCCAUCGAUUUCGUUAGAAAAUUAAUACAAAAUUAUAAAAACGUUAACGAACAGUAUAUAUCACACAUUAUAAAGGAAGCCAUUAAAGGCGUCAUACAUUUGCACGAGAAUGAAAUUUGUCACAGAGACAUACGCGGAAGUAACAUAUUAAUAACACCCGAGGGAAAAAUCAAAUUGAUCGAUUUCGGUAUUUCCUGUCACGUGGAUAAAGAUACGAAAUUAAACGAUUACGUGGGUUCGCCGAAUUGGAUGGCACCGGAAAUGAUAGAAAAUCAAAACAUGAAAAUCCCACGGUACGAUUUUAAAAUCGAUGUUUGGUCUUUGGGGAUCACGGCUAUCGAAUUGGGCGAUGGACAAGCACCUUACGAAGAAAUCAAUCCGACUCGUGCAUUGUUUCAAAUCGUCAACGAUCCUCCUCCGAAAUUAAAAAAACCCUCCGACUGGUCACAAAUUUAUAACGAUUUCAUAAGCGAGUGUCUCGUUAAAGACCCGGAAAAUCGUCCGUACGUUCAAGAAUUGCUCGAACACACGUUUUUCCAAUCGGGAUUCGCAGAUGAAAAUACGCCGGCGGAAAUCGGAAAAGUUAUAAGCAAUUUAAAAAACGUUUUCCUAUACAAACAACCCGAAAUUCAAAUAUGGAACGGUUUUAUGAAAACGGAAAGGCAAUCCUCGCUCGAAAAAAUAUUGCAAGAAGAUUUGGCGACGCUCGUCGAAGUGUCCGAAGAGGCCAUUUUGUCGGAGCUUUACGAAAGAUAUAAAAAAAAUGAUUACUACACUUUCAUCGGCGACAUUUUGCUUUUUUUAAACCCGAACAAAUGUGCUAAUUUGUACGGAAGUCAAUAUCAUCACAAAUACCGAUUCAAAGCGAAAUCACAAAAUGCUCCACACAUUUACUCCGUGACCGAAAGCGCUUAUAGAAACGUUUUCCACCACGAAAAACCUCAACACAUUCUUUUCGCCGGUGAAACUGGAUCUGGAAAAACAAUAAAUAUGAUGCAUGCUUUAGAUCAUUUGUUGUAUUUGGGAGAAGGAUUCAAAUGUGCACAAAAAAUAAAAAAAGCUCUCGAUGUUAUACAUGCGAUUGGAAACGCAUCGACUCCAAAUAAUAAAAAUUCAACGAGGCAUGUUUUACACGUUCACGUAACGUUUACGGAUACUGGAAAAGUUAGCGGAGCCAUUUUUCAAUUAGACCAACUGGAAAAAAAUAGAAUUAUGGAAAUCGACGACGGCAAAUCAAAUUUUCAUAUUUUUUAUUACUUAUAUGAAAAAAUAAAAAAUCACCAUCAAUUUAAAAAUUAUUUCGUCGAUGAAAACGAAUCGGAAAAUAUCGAAUCCGAACCGAAUUUAAAAAAUACUGAUGAUAAAUAUCAAAAAAAAAAAUUCUACGACGAUUUCGAAGAUAAUUUAAAAGAAUUGGAUUUUGAAGACGAACAAAUUUCAUCCGUGAGAAAUGUAUUGAUUGCUAUUUUAUUAUUGAGACAAUUGAAAUUUUCCACAAAAGGAGAAGGGAAAAAAAUUUCAUUACCCGAUAAUCUCAUACAGCAAGUUGCCAACCUUAUGAAACUCGAUGAAAAAAAAUUUAUCAAAUCUUUGUACGAAAAUUUCGAUUCUGAAGGAAAAAACGAUCAAGAAUCUAUUGAAAUCCUGUGCGAUUUUUCAAAAGAAAUUUAUAAUAGAUUGGUACAUUGGAUAGUGAAAAACGUAAACAAAAAAUUAUCCGUUUCCCGCAUCAUUUACGGCGACAAGCACGUCAUUAGUUUGCUGGAUUUUUUCGGUUUUGAAAAUUCUAAUAAAAAUGAAAUUGGACAACUUUUUGUGAAUUCACUCAAUGAACAAUUACAAAAUCAUUAUAUUCAAAAAAUAUUCGUAAGAGGAAAAGCCAUAGCAGACGAAGAAGAAAUCGGUGUACCAGAUAUUGAAUUCAACGACAACAAAUGCGUUUUGGACAGAAUUUUUUCUAAAACCAACGGAUUAUUGGCCAAACUUGACAAUUUCGUCAAAACCGGAACGGAUACAUUUUCAAACGAUGUUUUGGAUGACAUCGAGACGACGAAUGAUAAAAAAAUUCAAAUCGAAAGCCCGACAGAAUUUUCUAUAGAACACUACGCCGGAAAAGUCGUUUACGACAAUACGAAAAUGAUAGAACAAAACAAAGACUCCUGUUCGACGGAAUUUAUGAAAUUGAUGAAAUCGUCAACGGAUCGUGUCGUCAAAGAAUUAUUUUCAUCCAUUUUCUUUCAACCGGAAAACACUUUGACGAGUGAAUGUUCCGAAGAACUCGCGGAUACCUCCGACGCUACCUGUAAAAAUUACUGCACGAAAAAAAAAUUAUCCGCCGCGUCGAGUUUCAGAAACAAUUGUUGGAAUUUAAUGCAAAAUUUAUCGAUCGAAAAAUCUGGUUUUCAUUUCGUUCGAUGCAUCAGAACUAAUUACCAGGGAGACGAAGAAGACGAUUUCGACGUUCAAUUAAUCCUACGGCAAAUGAGAGCUUUGGACAUCGUCAACACGACCUUAAACAUUCAACAGGGAUAUACACAUAACAUUCAAUACGACGAAUUUUUCAGAAGGUAUAAAUUCCUAACGUUUGAUUGCAAUGAAAGUUUGGACGAGACAAAAGAUAACUGCAGGCUCCUUCUAUUACGAUUAAAACUCGAAGGUUGGACGAUGGGUAAAAAUAAAGUUUUUUUAAAAUAUUACAACACUGAAUAUUUAACCAGACUUUACGAAGCGGAAUUGAAAAAAAUAAUUAAAGUUCAAUCAAUGAUGAGAAGAUACAUGGCUAGAAAAAAACUUUGUCAACAAAUUCGAAAAUAUCAAGAUCAAGUAUUUGCAUUCGAUCAAAUUCAUUGA